UGCUUCAGAAUUGAGCAUAAAGUGAAAGUGAAAAUGCAAAUUCGGGAUUUAGUAUUUGUUUUUAAAUUAAUUUUGUGGAGUUUAGUCCAUGUUAGGGCACAAUUCGAUCCGUAUUUCCUACCCGGACGAAGUGUUAUUGUGCACCUGUUUGAGUGGAAGUUUGCAGAUAUUGCCAAGGAAUGUGAGGAAUACUUGGGACCAAAUGGUUUCGGAGGUGUUCAAGUAUCUCCAGUGAAUGAAGUUCUCGUGACCCCUUUAGGAGCUUGGUGGGAGAGAUACCAACCAGUAUCUUAUGCCAUUAUUGGUCGCUCUGGAGAUGAACUGGAUUUUAUGGAUAUGGUCAAGAGAUGCUAUGAUGCAGGAGUACGAAUCUACGUGGAUGUUGUGUUCAAUCACAUGGCAGCUGGACCGGGAGAGAUCAUAGGCACAGGAGGGAGUGUAGUCUAUCCUGAUGAGAGACUCUAUCCCCAUGUGCCGUAUGGACCUGAAGACUUUAAUGAUGACUGCCUCAUUGAAGACUACCAGGAUACAGUUCAAGUCAGAGACUGUGCAUUAGUCUCCUUGCCCGAUUUAAAUCAAAAAUCGGACAAUGUUAAGAGGAAUGUGAUUGAGUUUUUGGAUAGAUUAAUUGACUACGGAGUUGCAGGCUUUCGAGCAGAUGCCUGUAAACACAUGUGGCCCGAUGACAUCAAAUUCCUCUUUGGCAAUACUAAAAACCUAAGUAUUGAAUUUGGAUUUCCGCCCAAUGCUAGACCGUUUCUGUAUCAAGAAGUCAUCGAUUUGGGUCAGGAACCCAUAUCCAAAAAUGAAUACAUAACAAAUGGCGCCAUCACAGAAUUUCUGUUUUCUGCCGAAAUCGGUGAUAUCUUUCGUAACAAGAAACUGAAGGAGUUGAUGAACUGGGGAACAGAUGAGCGAUUCCUAAGAUCAGAUCGGGCUCUAGUAUUUGUAGAAAAUCACGACAAUGAACGCGGUCAUGGAGCUGGCGGAGAAAAUAUUCUAACUUACAAAGAUGGGAAGCGCUAUAUGAUGGCCGUCCUGUUCGCAAUAGCUCACCCUUACGGUAUUGUUCGUAUUAUGAGUUCCUACGACUUCGCGAAUAGCGAUCAAGGACCACCGGCAAAACCCGAUUUGGAAAUCAUUUCGCCAGUUUUCAAUGAGAAAGGUCUCUGUACCAAUGGCUGGAUCUGCCAGCAUCGUUGGCCAGAAGUUGCAGCAAUGGUGAAGUUCCGGAAUAUCGUAGGAGAACGCGGUGUUAUGCACUGGGCCGACAAUGGAGAGCAGCAGUUUGCCUUCUGUCGUGGAGAUUUGGGUUUUGUGGCAUUCAAUGGGUACACAAGAUCCAAUCUUGAAUCCGAUGUUAAGGUUUGCCUACCUCCCGGAAUCUACUGUGACGUCAUAAGCGGUAGUGUUGGAGAACUUGGAUGUACUGGCUUGGAAGUUGUCGUUAAUGAUGCGGGAUAUGCCAAAGUAUUCAUCCCAGCCGAUUCACCAUCAGGUGUACUUGCCAUUCAUUUGGGUUCUGUAUUCAUACCUAGUAAAUAAAUUCACCUUUCACUUGUACAAAUAAAGCAAGUAUUUUAGUAAACAAAUAAAA